GACCUUGACAAGCUUCUACGCGAUUAUCAUAUAUCUACAUUUUGAAGCGAUGUUUUGACUCAGUCGUUCAAAGCAAUUGUGAUCAUGAAGUCUUUCGUGAAGUAUCCUCCAAACUGUGAUUUUCCAAUUGAAAAUCUCCCUUACGGUGUCUUUUCUACAAAACGCAACCCUCAAAAGAGAAUAGGAGUAGCAAUAGGCGACAGAAUUUUAGAUCUAUCCGCUAUUUCACACCUGUUCGAUGGACCAUUGUUAAGAAACAAUCAAGAUGUAUUUCAUCGUGAUUGCCUCAAUGAUUUUAUGGCCUUGGGAAGACCUAGUUGGCUGGAGGCCAGAACCAAACUUCAAGAUUUAUUAUCAAUCAGUAAUCCUACACUGCAAGAAAUAAAUACUCAUUCGAAGGUAUUUGUAGAACAGAAUGAAGCAACGAUGCAUCUACCGGCAAAAAUUGGUGAUUAUACGGAUUUUUAUUCUUCCAUUCAUCACGCUACAAAUGUAGGCACAAUGUUCCGUGGAAAGGAAAAUGCUCUGAUGCCAAAUUGGAAAUAUUUGCCAGUUGCUUACCAUGGAAGAGCAAGCUCAGUCGUCGUUUCUGGCACGCCGAUAAGGAGACCUCAUGGUCAGACACUUCCUGUAGAGGGUGCGCCUCCAGCGUUCGGCCCUUCUAGAUUAAUGGACUUCGAAUUGGAAGUAGCGUUCUUUGUUGGACCUCCUACAAAUUUAGGUGACGCCGUUUCAGCAUCCAAAGCUUAUGACCAUAUCUUUGGAAUGGUCGCUAUGAACGACUGGAGUGCGAGAGACAUUCAAAAAUGGGAAUACGUUCCACUGGGACCUUUCGGAGCAAAAAAUUUCGGAACCACAAUUUCCCCAUGGGUAGUCACCAUGGAGGCUUUACAGCCUUUCAAAGUACCUAAUGUGCCACAAGAUCCAACCCCAUUUCCUUAUCUACAGCAUAGCGAACCUUGUAACUUUGAUAUUAAAUUAGAAGUUGACAUUAAAACUCCAAAUGGUAUCGUUACCACUGUCUGUCGCAGUAACUAUAAAUACCAGUACUGGACACCCCGACAACAAUUAGCUCACCACACCGUAACCGGAUGCAAUAUCAAUCCGGGUGACUUAAUGGCUUCCGGUACGAUAAGUGGCGAGGCUGAUGAUUCCUAUGGUUCCAUGCUCGAGCUCUCUUGGAAAGGCACUCGACCUAUACCGUUAAAAGAUGGGACCAACCGGAAGUUUCUGCAAGAUGGUGACGAAGUGAUUAUACGCGGUUACUGCCUCGGUGAUGGGUAUAGAAUCGGAUUUGGACCGUGUUCGGGAAAAUUGUUACCUCCUAUUACUCAAUAAUUUUAUUUUCUAGUACAAUAUAAUUAAAUUUACGAUAUCUAAAAUUAUAAUUUGGAAAUUGUUUAUCAUCAUCACAAUUGUAAAAUAGUGUAUAGAAUAAUAAAAGAAUAUAAUAUGUAAGAAUUACAGAUAAUAAAUAAAUUGUUGUGUAUUAAUUGUUCACAA